AUGGCGGUAUCUGCGAAGCCAGCAACAUCACAGUCUCAUCACAGAGCUCUGUCAGUAGCGGCAGAAACCGGCAUUGCAAAGAAGGCAAACGGUCAAAUAAAGGAGCGAACGUAUCUGUGUAAUCCGACACCAGGGCUAAGGGACCACCCGUAUCUGUCUAGUCCGACACCAGGGCUAAGGGACCACCCGUAUCUGUCUAGUCCGACACUAAGGCUAAGGGACCACCCGUAUCUGUCUAGUCCGACACUAAGGGACCACCCGUAUCUGUCUAGUCCGACACCAGGGCUAAGGGACCACCCGUAUCUGUCUAGUCCAAUACCAGGGCUAAGGGACCACCGAUAUCUGUCUAGCCCGACACCAGGGCUAAGGGACCACCCGUAUCUGUCUAGUCCGACACCAGGGCUAAGGGACCAUCCGUAUCUGUCUAGUCCGACACCAGGGCUAAGGGACCACCCGUAUCUGUCUAGUCCGACACCAGGGCUAAGGGACCACUCGUAUCUGUCUAGUCCGACACCAGGGCUAAGCGACCACCCGUAUCUGUCUAGUCCGACACCAGGGCUAAGGGAACAUCCGUAUCUGUCUAGUCCGACACUAAGGCUAAGGGACCACCCGUAUCUGUCUAGUCCGACACCAGGGCUAAGGGACCACCCGUAUAUGUCUAGUCCGACACCAGGGCUAAGGGACCACCCGUAUCUGUGUAGUCCGACACUAAGGCUAAGGGACCACCUUCCGACACCAGGGCUAAGGGACCACCCGUAUCUGUCUAGUCCGACACUAAGGCUAAGGGACCACCCGUAUCUGUGUAGUCCGACACUAAGGCUAAGGGACCACCUGUAUCUGUCUAGUCCGACACCAGGGCUAAGGGACCACCCGUAUCUGUCUAGUCCGACACCAGGGCUAAGGGACCACCCGUAUCUGUCUAGUCCGACACUAAGGCUAAGGGACCACCCGUAUCUGUCUAGUCCGACACUAAGGGACCACCCGUAUCUGUCUAGUCCGACACCAGGGCUAAGGGACCACCCGUAUCUGUCUAGUCCAAUACCAGGGCUAAGGUACCACCGAUAUCUGUCUAGCCCGACACCAGGGCUAAGGGACCACCCGUAUCUGUCUAGUCCGACACCAGGGCUAAGGGACCAUCCGUAUCUGUCUAGUCCGACACCAGGGCUAAGGGACCACCCGUAUCUGUCUAGUCCGACACCAGGGCUAAGGGACCACCCGUAUCUGUCUAGUCCGACACCAGGGCUAAGCGACCACCCGUAUCUGUCUAGUCCGACACCAGGGCUAAGGGAACAUCCGUAUCUGUCUAGUCCGACACUAAGGCUAAGGGACCACCCGUAUCUGUCUAGUCCGACACCAGGGCUAAGGGACCACCCGUAUCUGUCUAGUCCGACACCAGGGCUAAGGGACCACCCGUAUCUGUGUAGUCCGACACUAAGGCUAAGGGACCACCUUCCGACACCAGGGCUAAGGGACCACCCGUAUCUGUCUAGUCCGACACUAAGGCUAAGGGACCACCCGUAUCUGUGUAGUCCGACACUAAGGCUAAGGGACCACCUGUAUCUGUCUAGUCCGACACCAGGGCUAAGGGACCACCCGUAUCUGUCUAGUCCGACACCAGGGCUAAGGGACCACCCGUAUCUGUGUAGUCCGACACUAAGGCUAAGGGACCACCCGUAUCUGUGUAGUCCGACACCAGGGCUAAGGGACCACCCGUAUCUGUCUAGUCCGACACCAGGUCUAAGGGACCACCCGUAUCUGUCUAGUCCGACACCAGGGCUAAGGGAACACCCGUAUAUGUGUAGUCCGACACCAGGUCUAAGGGACCACCCGUAUCUGUCUAGUCCGACACCAGGGCUAAGGGACCACCCGUAUCUGUCUAGUCCGACACCAGGGCUAAGGGACCACCCGUAUCUGUCUAGUCCGACACCAAGGAUAAGGGACCACCCGUAUCUGUCUAGUCCGACACCAGGCCUAAGGGACCAUCCGUAUCUGUCUAGUCCGACACCAGGGCUUAGGGACCACCCGUAUCUGUCUAGUCCGACACCAGGGCUAAGGGACCACCCGUAUCUGUCUAGUCCGACACCAGGGCUAAGGGACCAUCCGUAUCUGUCUAGUCCGACACCAGGGCUAAGGGACCAUCCGUAUCUGUCUAGUCCGACACCAGGGCUUAGGGACCACCCGUAUCUGUCUAGUCCGACACCAGGGCUAAGGGACCACCCGUAUCUGUCUAGUCCGACACCAGGUCUAAGGGACCACCCGUAUCUGUCUAGUCCGACACCAGGUCUAAGGGACCACCCGUAUCUGUCUAGUCCGACACCAGGGCUAACGGACCACCCGUAUCUGUCUAGCCCGACACCAGGGCUAAGGGAACACCCGUAUCUGUCUAGUCCGACACCAGGGCUAAGGGACCACCCGUAUCUGUCUAGUCCGACACCAGGGCUAAGGGACCACCCGUAUCUGUGUAAUCCGACACCAGGGCUAAGGGACCACCCGUAUCUGUGUAGUCCGACACCAGGGCUAAGGGAACAUCCGUAUCUGUCUAGUCCGACACCAGGGCUAAGGGACCACCCGUAUCUGUCUAGUCCGACACCAGGGCUUAGGGACCACCCGUAUCUGUCUAGUCCGACACCAGGUCUAAGGGACCACCUUCCGACACCAGGGCUAAGGGACCACCCGUAUCUGUCUAGUCCGACACCAGGGCUAAGGGACCAUCCGUAUCUGUCUAGUCCGACACUAGGGCUAAGGGACCACCCGUAUCUGUCUAGCCCGACACCAGGGCUAAGGGACCACCCGUAUCUGUCUAGUCCGUCACCAGGGCUAAGGGACCACCCGUAUCUGUCUAGCCCGACACCAGGGCUAAGGGACCACCCGUAUCUGUGUAGUCCGACACCAGGCCUAAGGGACCACCCGUAUCUGUCUAGUCCGACACCAGGGCUAAGGGACCAUCCGUAUCUGUCUAGUCCGACACUAGGGCUAAGGGACCACCCGUAUCUGUCUAGCCCGACACCAGGGCUAAGGGACCACCCGUAUCUGUCUAGUCCGACACUAGGGCUAAGGGACCACCCGUAUCUGUCUAGCCCGACACCAGGGCUAAGGGACCAUCCGUAUCUGUCUAGUCCGACACCAGGGCUAAGGGAACAUCCGUAUCUGUCUAGUCCGACACCAGGGCUAAGGGACCACCCGUAUCUGUCUAGUCCGACACCAGGGCUAAGGGACCACCCGUAUCUGUCUAGUCCGACACUAAGGCUAAGGGAACACCCGUAUCUGUCUAGUCCGACACCAGGGCUAAGGGACCACCCGUAUCUGUCUAGUCCGACACCAGGGCUAAGGGACCAUCCGUAUCUGUCUAGUCCGACACUAGGGCUAAGGGACCACCCGUAUCUGUCUAGUCCGACACCAGGGCUAAGGGACCACCCGUAUCUGUCUAGUCCGACACCAGGGCUAAGGGACCACCCGUAUCUGUCUAGUCCGACACCAGGGCUAAGGGACCAUCCUCCGACACCAGGUCUAAGGGACCAUCCGUAUCUGUCUAGUCCGACACCAGGGCUAAGGGACCAUCCGUAUCUGUCUAGUCCGACACCAGGUCUAAGGGACCAUCCGUAUCUGUCUAGUCCGACACCAGGGCUAAGGGACCACCCGUAUCUGUCUAGUCCGACACCAGGGCUAAGGGACCACCCGUAUCUGUCUAGUCCGACACCAGGUCUAAGGGACCAUCCGUAUCUGUCUAGUCCGACACCAGGGCUAAGGGACCAUCCGUAUCUGUCUAGUCCGACACUAGGGCUAAGGGACCACCCGUAUCUGUCUAGCCCGACACCAGGACUAAGGGAACACCCGUAUCUGUGUAGUCCGACACUAGGGCUAAGGGAACACCCGUAUCUGUCUAACCUGACACCUGGUCUGGUCCUAGGGUAG